GGGAUCAUCAAUUCGACUUCUAGCUUCAUUCCGUGUCCACCAGAUCGAAGUUCCUUUUGAUCCUUUUCCAAUCUUUAGUUAUACCUUUAAUUUAUUUACCUUCUCGAAAAGGUCAGUUUGCCUUACAAAUCAAAGGAAGAUUCGUUGUGGGAGUUGAGUCACAGCGAUUGAGGAUCAAAUACCUCCUUUUUUUCGCCCCUUACCUUGCCUUCGUCACCAGUUUAUGGCUAACUAUUGAUGUUGAAAGGAAUCAGUUUACUGUAAAUUCCUCGGGUUCACUUUGGCUUUUUCGUUCUGUACUUUUACGACUGAGACAUGACUGCGUCUUCAAGCCGUGGGCGAAGAUCGGUUACAGCAGCUACCCAGUCGGGUGAUGAUACUACCGAACUGCGGGGUUCCGUCUCGAGUGAGGAUGGGCCUGUUGUAAAGCCUAAACGACGACUCCAACGGGAGAGGCCGAAACCUGUUGUUGAUAGCGAUGUCGAUAGCGAUGGCGAUGGGAAGAAGAACGAUGAAUAUCUCGACGACGACGAAGAUGAAGAGGAGAGGGAGACAACACCGGCGCGGAAGAAAGCGGCGAUUGAAGGGGGAGAGAAAUCAAGGUUGUUUAUGACAGCGGUUGAGGGUGAGCUCAUAUUUCAUAAUCCUGGUCUUUGAUCUCCGAUCUGAACACGACUACGCAUGUUUUAUCGUUUAUCUUUUCACUUUGUUCUGGCUGGCCAUCGUCCUCUCUUGUUUAUUGUGUCACCGCGCUCAUACUGUCCUCUGGGAGUUCUCUUUGACUUAUUCUGUCAUCUCGUUUUUGGAUCCAGACUAAUAAAUGUGUUGUAGUUCCUGUGCGGAAGUCCGUGGUAAUGUCGCCCGUACUUGGAUCCGCGUCGGCCAAAAAAGCAACUAAACAGCUAUCUAUGGACAAUUAUUUCGGUAAAGCGGCGAAUCGUGCUCCUAUAAUAGUUCCGGAAUUUGUAAAACCAAGAGGAAAGGGCAAAGCCGUGGCGGUGGGAAAGUCACCAGCACCGGCUCCUAAGUCGAGGGUAAAGAGCGAAUGGGCGCCCAAAACACCGGUUCCCAAGAAGAGCGCUAGGGCGCACUCUCGAUCGGCAAAGGGCACUGACGAUGAAUCGGAUUUUGUUGUGUCUGGCGACAAUGAGGAUGCCGAGAGUGAGGGGACGGGUGAUGUUGCCCCAACUGAAGAUGAGGAUGAUGGCGAUGCAGUGAUCGACGAUGAAAUUGACGAUAUUGUGGUCGAUAAACCAAAAUCGAGGUCCAAAGUCAGGAUCACUGCUACCGGAAAGGUGAAACAUGUAUCCACCUCUAAGCCCUCGGGGUUGAAGAUUGUGCCUCGUGAGGGAGAUCUUCCCCCUAUCUCCGAUUUACAGCAGAUGUUCGACGAUAUAGUUUCGCGUCUUCCUGAUCUGAAGGGUCUAUUUGGAAAGCGCGGAGGACGCAAAUUAAGGGUUGCCACCAUGUGUUCUGGAACCGAGAGUCCUUUACUUGCCUUGGGGUUGAUGGGCAGGAGCAUGAGGAGUCAAGGUUUAGGAAAACUCGAGAUUGAGCAUGUGUUCAGUUGCGAGAUCGAACUGUAUAAACAAGCGUGAGUUUGUUCUGGAGCAGCUUUUAAAGUCGUGGUGCUGAUGUUGUUAAGUUACAUCGAGAGAAAUUUUAAGCCACCUAUCUUGUUUAGGGAUGUUAGAGAACUCGGGGAAGACGUAGCGUAGGUUAAUCCGGACUAUGAUGGUACUCGGUAGAAACUAAUAGUUGUAGUACUACGGCGUACGGUGCCAAGGUUUCCGUUCCUGGAAACGUUGAUUUGCUCAUUGCCGGUACGUCUUGUGUCGAUUUCUCGAAUUUGAACAACAAGAAAAAAGGCCUCGAGGAUGUCGGGGAGUCGUCAGACACUUUCCAUGGAAUGAUGAGAUGGGCAAUUCGUCAUCGUCCUACAGUCAUUAUCCAGGAAAACGUGCAGGGUGCGGCGUGGACUCAGAUGAGGGCAGAAUACGUUGAAGCUGGAUAUUCCGCUGAGUUUGUACCCAAUUUCGACUCCAAAAAUUACUACGUCCCCCAAACCCGGCAGAGAGGGUACUUGUUCGCGGUAGAUAAGGCGGAUAGCGGCAUCCCUAAUCGGUGGAUUGAUGCUAUGAAAAACCUCCGCCGCCCGGCGACUUGCACCCUCGAGGCUUUUUUGCUUCCGUCCGACGAUCCUAGAAUUCACCAGGUUCGGAUGGAUUUAGCGACAAAACGCGAUGGGUCUAAGAAGACAGCGAGAUCCGUUGAGUGGGAGAAAUGCGAAGGCCGUCACCAAAAGGAGCGACUUCAACAAAAGCUUGGUCUCAAGAGACCAAUGACCCAGUGGGAGGAAGGCGGAGUCUGUAAGAUGUUGGAUUUCGCAUGGCAGGAUUGGGGUGCCAUGCAGGUGGACCGUGUUCUCGAUUUGAUGGAUAUUAAUAUGUUGACCCUAGCGAAGGAAGGAAUUGAUUGUAAUUAUAAGGAGUAAGUCUGCAAACCUUAUUCUUGACAUGAUGGUUGCUAAUAUGAUGCAGGCAAUUUUGGAAUCUGUCACAAAAUGUCGACCGCAAUACUUUCGGAAAAGCCAACGGCAUCUGUCCCUGCCUUACCCCACAUAUGAUUCCGUAUCUUACAGAUCGUGGUGGUCCGAUGAUUGGGCUUGAGGCACUAGCUAUGCAGGGUCUUCCUAUAAACGAGCUGCUUUUGACGAGGGAGUCUACGCAGGAGCUUCAAAAUCUUGCCGGAAAUGCUAUGACUUCAACUGUUGUGGGAACUGCUACCCUGGUUGCCCUGUUACUUUCUAAGAACGUGCUGCGAUCUCCGGAUGACGAUGGUAUGGAUGUCGAUGUGGAUGACCUGGAUAUCUCGACGAGAAUUGGUGGAGACAAACAACUUAAACAACGACCUCUAGAUUUGUCAACUACCCAAGCUUUCAAGAUUUCAGACCUAUUGAAGUUGGCAUCGCGAAGUUCCCGUUUAUGCGUUUGCGAGGGCCGGUCGGACAUGACCUCUAGUUUGCUUUCUCGUUGCGAAGAGUGUGGCUUUUCUAGUUGUGAGAGAUGUGGCGGUAGACCUGAGCACGCAUACAAGGUCCUUAACGUUCAUGAUCGGCUUGCACCUUUGGCGUUUGAGGAUAUGCUGAAAGGUGUUCUACCUAUGCGUUUGGUUGUUGCUGCGAUUACUGGGGAGUUUCUCGAGAGCCUGAAGACAGCCAAUCCCAAAGCCGCCGGUCAUAUAUCGGCUAAGGACUGGAGCAUGUUUAUUAGUCUUAUGCUCGAUGCGACCUCCGGGGAGUUUAGGUUCACGAACCUUAAGCGUCAGCAAAUCUGGAGUGUAACUUACGAUGCUCCAGCGGCAAAGUUGGAACUCCUGCUCGACCCAAAUCAGCCCGAGUGGCGGUUGUUCGCUAAGUGCCCCACAUCUGAGGGUGUCAAUAGUCGAAAGCGUGCAAUGUGCAAAGCGCCUAUGGCUCGUAUGCGAUUAUCGAAAGCCCAGGACAUUAUGGAUUGCGGAGUCGAGGUGUGCUUGCCUACGAGAUACGAUUUUAACCUGACUUUGGUGGGGGAAGGUGUUUUGGUUGAGUCCUGGCAAGCUCAGCUUGGUCUUCAGGACUCUAAGUUUGCCGAAAGAAAAGUCUGGUCACAUGUUCGGAUGACUGUGCCCGACGAAGCAAAAGAAUGUCUUGAUCGUGAUCUCUCGGGUCUCUGGAAGCUUCUUCCUGCAUGUGGGACCUCUAACGGCGCUCUUCACAAGCAGGUUGACAGUGACGGUGGUGCCCAACUUUUCUUCUUCUUGGAUCCUACAAAGUGCGGUGAGCCUAAGCAUGAUCCCUUCGUCUUUUCGGUCAGCCCUAGAAGGUAUGCCUACGGAGAACAGCGCCCAAUUGUUGCAAAGUUAGAUCCUAAGUUCAGAACAUUCGGUGACGAUAAACCACGGGUUGUCGGAUGUCAUGUUGAUGGACAAUGGGUUGUGGCUAAGGGCUCCACCCUUAAGCCGCCUUCCUCUUCCACACAAACCGUGAGCCAGGCUGUUUACGCUACCCCGGGCAAGAGAGGCUUGGAAAUCAGCGUUACCAAAGCCGACUGUGCUGUUGCCAAUGCUAUCCUCACUUGCCGGGUUCCGUUGGAGAACCAAGCUGAAGGGGUAUGGCCAAAAGGUGUCUGGAAGCAAGUCGACAAGAUCCAUGAGAGAAAUACGUUCGAGAGCUUGGCCUGGCUUACUGAGCGUGUACGAUCUAUGCGCCAUUUGUCAAACUGGAAUGCGCUGGGUCUUCCCGAGGACCACACUAAUUGCGAGCGAUGUGCCCCUACGCCCCCGAAUCUCCGUUGGGUUUUGAAGGGGAAUAAGUUCGUUCCCAUGGAGGACACCAAACAAGCCGCACCCUACGAACGUGCGCUAAAAAAUAGACCCUCACCUUUUGUCACACAAUUGAUGCUUGAGGGCGACAACACUGGUGUUUUGAGGAUCGGUCUGAAUAUUCCCACACUCGUUCAUAGGGCAUUGUCAAGACUUCCAUCUGAAGGUAGAGAGGAAAUGCCGAUGCUGAGCUGGCGAUUGACCACCGACUAUAUCCCGGAAACUCAGCUUACGCUUCCUGCAUUCGAUUUGACAAGUAACAAGAAGGAUCAACCGCACACCCAACCUCCGAGAUUUAUUACCAAGUUGAGACCGGAGCAGCUUAGAUCGCUAAGUUGGAUGAUGGAGCAGGAGGAAGAGGAUGCGAUCCCUUUCGUUGAAGAAGAGAUUUCUGAGGCUCUUUUGCCACACCUUAAUUGGCGAGCGGAAGGAAAGGCGGAGCGGCCUAUCCAGAUUCGUGGGGGUGUCCUUGCUGAUCAGGUCGGAUAUGGUAAAACCGCAAUCACAUUGGGAUUGAUUGAUUGCUCUCGCGACAAUAUCAAACUCCCUGAAGAUGUUGAUGGUCGUAUACCUGUUAAGGCUACCUUGAUCAUUGUUCCGGCGCAUUUAACUAACCAGUGGCCUGCCGAGAUCAACAAAUUUACCGGUAGCAAUACCUACAAGGUAAUUAAGAUUCAGAGCCAGGCUCAUCUUAACGCCUUGACCAUUGCCCAAGUGAUGGAUGCGGAUAUAAUUGUUGUUGCCUCCACGCUUUUCAGGAGCGAUAAAUAUCUUGGUAACCUGGCUGGAUUUGCCGCCACGAAGCCCGUUCCAUCCUCGGAGGGCAGACGUUUCAACGCGUGGCAGAAGGUCGCUCUUCGGGACCUCAGAGAGCAAGUAAACAAUCUUCGUGAUGGUGGCGCUGAAUUUGUUCGGCAGAGAAUCGAUGACAAUGCGAAGGGCAUCAACGAUGAAGAUAGUGAUGCAGAGGAGAUUGUGCGCAACAAGCGUCUCAUCGGUAAGGCUUAUGUCGAAGCAGUCGAGAAGCAGGCCCAGGCCGGUGGAAAGCGCAAGAGGCCAAAAGUUGAAGCCUCGGACGGGGAAUUUAGUUCGUCUGCGAGCGGGUCUGGCCCGUCGAAGAAGACCAAGAUGGCUCCUGUCGUGGUCGGCGAUCCUUGGAGUCUUAGGACGGGUGCUGUGGCGAGGGAUUGGAAGCGUAUGCACGCACCGCCGUUCGAGAUGUUCCACUUUAAUCGGCUAGUUGUCGACGAGUAUACCUAUCUUAAGGGACAAGUGCAUGCUGGUAUCACCUGUUUGAAAUCUACUUUCCGUUGGGUGUUGUCUGGAACGCCACCGCUGGACGAUUUUGCCGAUGUUAAGACUAUUUCCGUGUUUUUGGGGAUUCACUUGGGUAUUGACGAUGAUAUGGUUGGGAAGAUUGAUAACAGGAAGAAGAUCAAGAAGGACAGGACCAGUAAGCAUUACCUGUUACAUUGAUUUUAUCAUCUGCUAAUCUCUCACUAGGUGUCGAGGCGUUUACGGCAUUCAGAGAACUAAGAUCGCCGGGAUGGCAUACGCGGAGGCAUGAGAUUGCCCAGAACUUUCUCAACCAGUUUGUCCGACAAAAUAUCGCCGAGAUUGAUGAAAUCCCUUUUGAGGAACAUAUCGUCCCGGUCACCCUUCCCGCGGCUGAACGCGCUAUUUACCUGGAGCUUGAGCAUCAUCUCCAAGCCUUGGAAAUGAACAUCCGGAAGUCAAAGAUCAAGGUCGAUAACGAUAGGGAUAAAAGAUUGCAAGAAUCUCUUGGGGAUAGUGCGUCCGCUGAGGAAGCUUUGCUUAAGCGUUGCUCUCACUUUGUUUUGGAUUUCAGCAAAGAGGACGAGGAGAAUGCUGUCCAGGCGUGUGAGGUUAUUGUCAAGGAUCGUAAACGUCAGCUUACUAGCUGUCGUGAGGAGAUCCGUCAACGCCUCGUCGAUUGUCUGAAACGUCACAGGGAGAUUCCCAAGGAUUCCUUCCCUAUAGCGUCCGGCGAUCACUUUGGCGCCUUCCUCAAGACCACCCUCGAAAACGGUAUCGGAGAUCCUGAAGCUGGCGAGGACAUAGUCGCAUUGAUCAACCAAGCCAAGGGUAGUGGAAAAGGUCCUAAGCCGUUUUCUGGCAUUCCUAGUGUCGUUGGCGUCGAUUUCCUCAAACCUAGCAGGUCCUCUAAGAAGGCCAAAGGUAAAGGGAGAGCUGAUGACGAUGACGAUGAUGCGGAAGUCUAUAUAGAGCCCUGGCCGAAAGCAAUGGAAGACAAAGUCCAGCAACUCCGCGAUCGUACCGCAGUCCUUCGUGCCCUUGUCCGCAAAGAGCUUGUCGGCCGCCAUCGCUCGCUCCGUUACUUCCGCAUUGUACGUGACCUCCAACAAUUCGGCCUCGCCGAGUUUGCAAAGAAGAACUCCAUCUCGAACAUCUCCUGUCCCGGGUGUAAGCGCAAGAGCCUCCCCGUCUCAGAGAUUGCUGUACUGUCCAGUUGCGGCCAUCAAGGCUGCUAUACAUGUCUCGAGGCCGCAGCGCAUAAACAGGAGUGCCUAACGUCGGGCUGUGACUCUGCCGCUCGGGUGCUUAACGUUGUUAAGGGCGAGAGUCUGGGAACUGAAGAUGCGAAGGAGGGAAUUGGUAGACAUUACGGAAUGAAGUUGGAGAAGAUGAUGCACUUGGUGCAAAAGCUCAUCCCAGCGGACGAGAAGAUUCUCGUGUUCGUCCAAUUCACAGACCUGAUGGAGAAAGUGGCCGAAGUGUUGAAGGAGUACAAAAUCGGCUUCCUGCAAAUCAAGGGCUCCGCAGCAGCGCAGAGUAAAGCGCUCCAACAAUUCCAGGAAUCGACCAAGAAGGAUAACAUUAAAGUCCUGCUACUGAACGUUAUGGAUGAGAGUGCUUCCGGAGCGUAAGUUCCUUUUUACAUCUUUUUUUUCUGAGGUUCCAGGUGCAAAGUGACUAAUAAAAAUGCGAAUAGCAAUCUCACAAACGCCAACCACGCAAUCUUCCUCUCCCCGCUCCUCACCAUGACUGAUUACGAGUAUAGGUCCUGCGAAACGCAGGCUAUCGGACGUGUGCGCCGCUACGGACAGACCAAGAAGGUGCACGUGUGGAGAUUCCUGACUGAGAAUUCCAUCGAUGUGGAGAUUUUCCAGGAUAGAAGUGGGGCGAAGUUUGCGGAUGUGGAGAAGUUUGUCAUGUAA